CGCGUUUUGAACGUCGGCCUUGACAUUCAAGGUCGUGUUUGCAUGCCUCAUGGCGAAGAAAAAUAAUUUCAGUUAUUCACGGAAUCGAAAGAAGUUGGGCAGAAAGGAAAAAGCCAGACUGAAAAUAAGAAAUCCAGUAGUUGAUUCCGCAUGGAAGCAUGGAUUAUCGGUCAAGUCGAAUUUCAAUCGUUUGGGUUUAGCCUACGAUGCAAAUGAAGUCGUGGGAAUGCCUUGGAAUCACGUAAAUUCAACAGUUCAUGCCGCUGCUCGUGAUGAUGAUGACGAUCCCCAGUUUCAAAAGGAUACAACUGUUGUCAAAAUGUUAGAAGAGUUGUCUAAACACAAAAAACAGAAACCUGUAUUUGUAUCAGAAGACGAUCAAUUAUUUUGUAUAUAUAAUUUAGAAAUGUAUGCAGAAGACGAUUACCUGUCUAUGAGUCGAGAUCCGAAAAAUGUGUAUCAGUUAACCCCGAAACAGAUUGAACGCCUUAUCAAAAAGUUUAAACAAACGGCUGGCUAUCAAAAGUAUCUUAAGGAUAAGGAGUCAGGUGAUCUUAUUCUUGAACAUUUAUUCAAUGAAGAACUGGUGUAAAUUUUGCUUAUUCUUUCGAAAAAAGAUAAAAAUAAUAAUAAUUAUUAUUUAA